GAUAGUCGGGUAGGUUCUCAAUCAAGCCUCUCAUUAGUUAGUUGGUCUGUCAAUCCAUUUCAUUCCUCCAGUCUUCCGCCCCGCCCUCUUAAGCUCGCCCCUGAUAGGCUAGCUCGUCCAUCACUUCAAAAAGGUCCGCAAUCCUUCCGCCUUUCCCCAGGACACCGAGGGCGAGGAGGGUGGAUACCAAGCGGCGCCCACCCUCAGAGCACUACUUCCACCUCUGAUUGGCUCCGCUGGGUGCCCGUCGCUACUCCAUUCGCCGCUGAUAGGCCAUUCAACCGCCGCUCUGCGCGGAGCCGGCUCCGCCCCCGUCGGGUGUUUGUGGUGGGGCUGCGGAGUUGCCGAUCCCGCCGGAAGCGCCAGGACAAUGGGGACCCGGGACGACGAGUACGACUACCUAUUCAAAGUGGUGCUCAUCGGGGACUCGGGCGUGGGCAAGAGCAACCUGCUGUCGCGCUUCACCCGCAACGAGUUCAACCUGGAGAGCAAGAGCACCAUCGGCGUGGAGUUUGCCACCCGCAGCAUCCAGGUGGACGGCAAGACCAUCAAGGCGCAGAUCUGGGACACCGCUGGCCAGGAGCGCUACCGCGCCAUCACCUCCGCGUACUACCGUGGCGCAGUGGGCGCCCUGCUGGUGUACGACAUCGCCAAGCACCUGACCUACGAGAACGUGGAGCGCUGGCUGAAGGAGCUGCGGGACCACGCAGACAGCAACAUCGUCAUCAUGCUGGUGGGCAACAAGAGUGACCUGCGCCACCUGCGGGCCGUGCCCACUGACGAGGCCCGCGCCUUCGCAGAAAAGAACAACUUGUCCUUCAUCGAGACCUCAGCCUUGGAUUCCACUAACGUAGAGGAAGCAUUCAAGAAUAUCCUCACAGAGAUCUACCGCAUCGUGUCACAGAAACAGAUCGCAGACCGCGCUGCCCACGACGAGUCCCCGGGGAACAACGUGGUAGACAUCAGCGUGCCGCCCACCACGGACGGACAGAAGCCCAACAAGCUGCAGUGCUGCCAGAACCUGUGACCCCCACGCCUCCGCCCAGCGUGCGUGCACGUCCUCCGCCCGCCCCCGCCACGGUGUCCUCCGGCCCCUCCCUGCUGUCCCUCUGUGGCCGGCUCGCUCCAGCCCUCCCAGUGAGCUCUGCACGGCCGGGCCGGGGCCCACGAAGGACAGGAGCCAGUGCUACCCCCGUCCUGCCCGGGGAAAAGCUAGAAGCCCCGGUUUGCUGCACCCAUGAAACUCGGGUCCCCACGGGCGUCUUGGGGUGGGGAGGGCGGCAGGAUGGACGGGACUGGCCAGAGGCGAGGAGGACGGGGGGACGGCGCCGCCUUCUCCCCUUUUCCUCGGCCGACUCUAGGGAGCGAUUGCCUGCCUCCCUCUGUGACCGGGUGGCCUAGCCAGCCCGUCGUCCCCACCCAGAACCCUGCUCUGGGCCAAAGCCCGAAGAACCAGGCAGCGGGGGCCGGGGCAGGCGGACCCCCCGGGCUCUCAGCGCCCACCCGCUCCUCCACGCACAGCAGCUCGCACAGGCCUCCCACCUCUGCCUGUUGAUUGAUGCAGGGAGAAGCCCGUCCCCCCCCUCCCCUCUCCCCUCUCCCCUCUCCCCUCUCCCUUCUCCCUUCUCCCCUCUCCCCUCUCCCCUCCCCUCUCCUGCACGCAACGCGCCCUCUCGGCCCUCCCUGCCCCCCUCCUCUGUCUCGUCUCCCCAUCUGGUCUGGAACCUGUUUGCAAGUGAAGCAAUAUCUCCGUGUUUUGUAUAUACAACCGCUCUUGUAGCCUUUGGUUUUUGUUAAUGUAGAGAAACACAGAUUCUUUAUACACUUUGUAAGAUUUACGCCAAACCCCAGCUCUCGAUCUCUUCUUCUCCCUGUGGCCCCUGCAGUGUUGCCCCGUCCCCAUCACCCCUCCCAUUACUGAAAUGUAUAAUCUGACUUCCUGUACAGAAA